GUACAUAUAUAUAUAAAUUUACCAGUAAGUGUUUACGUCAUCGAGUUACGCUUACUAUUAAAAAAAUGUAAAUAAAGAAAAAAAAAAAAGAGGAGUAAAAAAUUAAAUUAAACAAUCGUCGAUUGUUGUUUGGAGGUUUGGUUUUAAUUAAUAAAUAAAAAAAUAAAUAAAAAAAUGGGGUCAUCAGAUGAAGAAAACAAUCAUGAUUAUGAUCAAGGAAUAAAUAUGACGGGUUUUUUAUUUGGUAACAUCGACGAGAACGGUCAGUUGGAGGAUGAUAUACUUGAUGAUGACGCUAAACAACAUUUAGCGUCACUCGGGCGUCUUGGGUUGGGGUCUCUUCUUCAGGAAAUGAUGUCAGUUGAUCAAGUUGAUGAGAAACCUCAAGUGAAUAAUAAAAAUCCCAAUGAUCCAGUGGAAAAUGGUGUUGAUUCAAAGGGUGAUAAUGAUCUCAGUGAUAACGAUGAUGACACUGAUUAUGACGCUAAAUCACCAGCAGCUCUUGAUUUUUCUGACAUAAAUGAGCUGGCCGAAGAUUUUAAUGAACUGACUGAUAAUGAAACAAAGCCGAAAAUUGAAAAAGAAAAUGUUGAUUAUGAUGCUGAUGAUGAAGGUGUUAAUAAAUUGGAUAAACAGUUGAUGCCACCGCCACCGCCACCGGUACCAGAAGAAAAGGAAAAUCUAACCCCUGAAGAAGUUGAAGCAGUGAGACAGAGAAAGCUUGAAACACCUUUAGCUUCAAUGUUACCCUCAAAGUAUGCAAAUGUUGACGUCACUGAACUCUUUCCAGACUUUAGACCCAACAAAGUUCUAAGGUUUUCACGAUUAUUUGGUCCAGGUAAACCCAGUAGUUUACCUCAAAUAUGGCGGGGAGUUCGUAAGCGUCGUAAGAAAAAGAAGCAUCAUGAAGUACGUGAUUCAGACUCGGGAUCAGAUCAAGAAGACAGAAAACCAAGAUUCAAGGGAUGGGUUAUGAACUACGGACCUACACCUACACCUGAUAUCUGUGCUUCUGAUGAUGAGAUAAAGUUACUGGCACCUGUUGAAGACAAAGAACAAGCGAGUAAAGUUGGUGAUACUGGUGAAAAUGGUGACAUGGGUCCUAAAGUCGCUGAUUGGCGUUUUGGUCCUGCUAAAAUUUGGUAUGACAUGAUCGAUACAUCUGAAACGGGUGAAGAUUUUGAUUAUGGAUUCAAAUUAGCUGAAAGAAAAGACAAUGACAAUAAUAAUAAUAAUAAUGAAAAAAGAGAAAGUGAUCAAGAGUUUGCUGAUGAUGCUUUUCUUAUGGUAUCUCAGUUGCAUUGGGAGGAUGACGUUGUGUGGAAUGGUGACGAAAUAAAACAUAAAGUAAUGCAUAAAUUAAAUAGCAAAAGUAAUGCCGCUGGAUGGGUACCCUCUAGUGGCAAUAGAACUGCUCAGGCAUUUAGUCAGCCUGGUAAAGGUGGUCCAGUCCCAGUUGCUCCAAAUGUACGGCUUGCAACAUCACAAAUUCUUACUCCGUUGCACAUGCAGUCGCAAAAAAAUAAAAUUGGGGGUAAAGGUAAUCAGCAGCAACGUGAGGAUAAUUAUGAUGACACUUGGUACUCGAUAUUUCCAGUAGAGAAUGAAGAAUUGGUUUAUGGUUUGUGGGAAGAUGAAGUUAUUUGGGAUGCCAAGAAUAUGAAAAAAAUUCCUAAACCAAAAAUACUUACACUUGAUCCAAAUGAUGAAAAUAUUGUCUUGGGAAUUCCCGAUGAUAUUGAUCCAGCUUUGCUUCAUAAAGAUCACGGGCCACAGCCUAAAGUUAAAAUUCCUCAUCCCCAUGUAAAGAAAAGUAAAUUAUUAUUGGGCAAAGCUGGUGUCAUAAAUGUUUUAGAAGAAGAUGCACCUCCCCCGCCGCCUAAAUCACCAGAUCGUGAUCCAUUUAAUAUAUCCAAUGAUAUAUUUUACAUGCCUAGAUCAUCGGAAACAACUCUGAGGCUAAAAGUUGGUGGUGGGAAUUUGAUACAACACAGUACGCCAGUUGUUGAACUACGCGCGCCAUUUAUUCAAACUCACAUGAGUUUAGUAAGGUUGAGAAACUUUCACAGACCUGCAUUAAAACGAUUCAGUCAUGGGCCACUGGCUCAUCCAGGUCCACAUCCAGUAUUCCCACUGCUAAAGCAUAUAAAAAAGAAAUCAAAGCAGCGGGAACAAGAAAGAAUAGCUUCUGGUGGUGGUGAUGUCUUCUUUAUGCGAACUGCUGAAGACCUUACGGGUAAAGAUGGUGAAAUAAUACUCGUUGAAUUUUCAGAAGAGCAUCCACCGUUGAUGAAUCAAGUUGGUAUGUGUUCUAAAAUGAAAAAUUAUUAUAAAAGAAAAGCUGGAAAAGACACCGGACCACCAGAAUAUAAAUACGGUGAGACUGCAUACGCUCACACCAGUCCAUUUCUUGGUAUAUUAACUCCUGGACAAAGUAUUCAAGCUAUGGAAAAUAAUAUGUAUCGCGUACCAAUUUACGAGCAUAAACCAAUAAAUACUGAUUUUUUGGUAAUUCGUACACGUCAGCAAUAUUAUAUACGUGAAAUAGAUGGAGUAUUUGCUGCUGGACAAGAGUGCCCACUUUAUGAGGUACCAGGUCCAAAUUCAAAGCGUGCUAAUAAUUUUGUACGUGAUUUUCUUCAAGUAUUUAUUUAUCGUUUGUUUUGGAAUUCACUUGAUACACCCAGAAGAAUUAAAAUGGAUGAUAUUAAAAAAGCAUUUCCAUCACACAGUGAAAGUAGUAUAAGAAAACGUUUAAAAUUAUGCGCAGAUUUCAAAAGAACUGGUAUGGAUUCUAAUUGGUGGGUAAUAAAACCAGAUUUUAGAUUACCAACGGAAGAAGAAAUACGUGCGAUGGUUUCUCCUGAACAGUGUUGCGCUUACUUUAGUAUGAUUGCCGCUGAACAGCGACUUAAAGAUGCUGGUUAUGGUGAAAAAUUUUUAUUUACUCCCCAGGAUGACGAUGAUGAAGAGAUGCAGCUGAAAAUGGACGAUGAGGUAAAAGUUGCACCUUGGAAUACAACUCGUGCUUACAUACAAGCAAUGAAAGGCAAGUGUUUGCUCCAGCUGGCUGGUCCAGCUGAUCCUACUGGCUGUGGUGAGGGAUUUUCUUAUGUUAGAGUCCCCAACAAACCAACAAUAAGUAAAGAAGAGCAGGAAGCACAACCCAAGAGAACAGUAACUGGUACUGAUGCUGAUUUAAGACGAUUGUCGCUUAAUAAUGCUAAAGCACUUCUCCGUAAAUUUGGUGUACCUGAAGAAGAAAUUAAAAAAUUAUCACGUUGGGAAGUUAUUGAUGUUGUAAGAACACUCUCGACGGAAAAGGCAAAAGCUGGUGAAGAGGGAAUGACUAAAUUUUCACGUGGUAACAGAUUUUCAAUCGCUGAACAUCAAGAAAGAUAUAAAGAAGAGUGUCAGAGAAUUUUUGAUCUUCAGAAUCGCGUUUUAUCGUCCGCUGAGGUAUUGAGUACUGACGAGGGUGAAAGUUCUGACGAAGAUAGCUCGGAUAUCGAGGAGAUGGGUAAAAAUAUUGAAAAUAUGUUAUCGAAUAAAAAAACAAGCUCACAAUUAUCAUUAGAACGUGAAGAACAGCAGCGACAGGAGUUGAGAAAAAUGUUGAUGGGUGAAUCACAAGAACAAGAUGGUAAAAAGGGUAAAGAUAAAAAAAAAGAUGAUGAAGAAGAUAGUCGUGAUCAAAGCCAAGGGUUUAAUUCUCAACCGGGUCGUGUGUUAAAGAUUUAUCGGACUUUUCGCAAUCCAGAGGGCAAAGAGUACACCAGAGUUGAGAUUGUUCGGAAACCAGCAGUUAUCGAUACCUACAUAAAGAUAAGGAACUCUAAGGAUGAGACAUUUAUCAAACAGUUUGCUACACUUGAUGAUGCACAAAAAGAAGAGAUGAAGAGAGAAAAGCGGCGAAUUCAAGAACAAUUGAGGAGAAUUAAAAGAAACCAGGAACGGGAAAAGUCUAUCGGUGGUCCUUCGAGCCAUUUUUCUUCGGCAUUAAGCCUCGAUCGAAGCAAUACCAAUACUCCGACUACGUCAUCAGCCAGCAGUAUCCUUCCAUUCAGUACUUUUCCAUCAAGUACUUUAGCUUCAAAACACUCAAAGUCGUCUGAUCCGUCUCCAUCAAAACGUAAGAAAUCUAAAUUGAAACCGGAUUUAAAACUAAAAUGUGGUGCCUGCGGUAAUGUGGGACACAUGAGAACCAAUAAAGCCUGUCCGUUGUAUCAAAAUAGUAUGGGAACAACAGCUCCCGUAAAUGUUGCAAUGACCGAAGAACAAGAAGAAGAAAUUGAGAAACAGCUAAAUGACGAUGAUCAAAAUCUUGUAAAUGUUGAUGGUACUAUCGUUAAACUUUCGACAAAAGUUAUCAAGCGUGCGGAAGAAAUGAAAAAACGUACGUUAUUACUUAAAUUACCAAAAGAUGCAAUGAGUGGUAAAAAACGUCGUCGAGCUACUGGUGAUGAUCACUGUGAUUAUUUAAAAAGGCAUCAAAAACCAGCAAAUAGACGACGCACUGAUCCAGUUGUUGUAAUGUCAGGAAUUUUGGAAAGUAUAUUAAAUGAAAUGAGAGAUCUUCCUGAUGUACAACCAUUUUUAUUCCCUGUAAAUGCAAAGGCUGUUCCAGAUUAUUACAAUAUUGUAAAAGAUCCGAUAGAUUUACAAACAAUAAGAGAUAAUUUACGGCAAAAGAAAUAUCAAAAUAGAGCUGAGUUUUUGGUUGACGUAAAUCGUAUUGUUGAAAAUUCGGUGCUCUACAAUGGAGAACACAGUUCAUUGACAGUAGCAGCAAAACGAAUGCUGCAAACUUGUGUCCAAAGGCUUGCUGAAAGAGAAGAGAAACUUAUGAGGCUCGAAAAAGCCAUAAAUCCUCUUCUUGAUGAUGAUGAUCAAGUUGCGCUGUCAUAUGUACUCGACAGUGUCACUAGCGAACUCAAAAAAAUAAAUGAUGCAUGGCCGUUCCUGAAACCUGUAAACAGAAAAACAGUAAAAGAUUAUUAUAAUGUUAUAAAAACGCCGAUGGAUCUUGAGACAAUAAGCAAAAAAAUAUCAGCAAAUAAAUAUCACAGUCGCAAUGAAUAUUUACGUGACGUUGAGUUAAUACUUGAAAACUGCGUACAAUUUAAUUCACAUGAUUCACCAUUUACGAGACAAGCACAGAACGUAGUUAAAGUUUGCAGAGAAAUGUUAGAUGGGUACAAAGAAUAUUUAACGGGAUUAGAAAAUAAAAUUUUGCUUGUACAGCAGCGAGCUAUGGAACAAGCGGACAUUGAUUCGUCCUGGAUGGGACCUGAUGAUGAAAAUUACUCGACUGCUGAACACGACUUCAGAGGCAGCCGGACAAAUUCACCAGACAAUCCUUUCAAAAAGUCUCAUGUUGAUGAUUUUGAUUUUGUUGAUGUCGAGGGUGAUGUUGAUGCCAGCGAAAGUCCGACAAAAAGUGCCAGUACCAAAAAGAAGGACGUUCUUGAAGAGGAUCUUCAAUUUUCAAGUGAAGAUGAGUUUGAUGAAGUUCCAUUUGUCUCUGAGGAUCAUAGAGAGCCAGGUGAUUUAGAGGGAAUGGAAAUUGGGGUAAUGCGAGUCGGUCAAGAAGGACCUGCUGAUGAUGACAGUCAACAGGUUGCUGAGGCAAUGGUUCAGUUGGGAAAUGUCAGAUAUUAUGUUGAUGAACAGCAAUACAUUCAACAAGAUGAAAGUAUGGAUGUAGAUCCUAAUUAUGAUCCAUCGGAUUUUCUGCUUGCCGGGUUACCCCCGCGGGCUGAAAAAGUUGAAGUUGAUAAAAUUCACGAUGAUCUGGCAGUAUCUGAAAGUGAAGAUGAAAUAGAAACAGUUGACGAGCCAUUGAAACAAGAAAACCAACAGCCGAGUCAACCUGACGAGGAUGUUGGGGGUGAUCUCUGGUUUUAA